CCGAAAUCCAAUUACUUCUAUCAUCUAGGGUUUUAUAUCCUUUUUUCCAAUCUCGAAAUCUCAAAAAGUGAAAACAAAAAUAAAAAUAAAAAUGAGUUCCAAUGCUUCAACCAAGGGCGGUAGGGGCAAACCCAAGUCGUCGAAAUCCGUCUCUCGCUCCAGUAAGGCCGGUCUCCAGUUCCCUGUUGGUAGAAUCGCUCGGUUCCUCAAAGCCGGAAAGUACGCCGAGCGUGUUGGGGCUGGUGCCCCGGUCUACCUCGCCGCUGUCCUCGAAUACCUUGCGGCUGAGGUUUUGGAGCUUGCGGGAAAUGCUGCAAGGGACAACAAGAAGAACAGGAUUGUACCUAGGCACAUACAAUUGGCAGUCAGGAAUGAUGAGGAGUUGAGCAAGCUGUUGGGAAGUGUUACAAUUGCGAAUGGUGGUGUUUUGCCCAACAUUCAUCAGAACCUGUUGCCAAAAAAGGCUGGAGGAAGGGACAAGGAAAUCGGGUCAGCUUCACAAGAAUUCUAGGGUUUUGUCAUGUAUUAGUGCGGCUUGGUUGAUGAAUAUUUAUUACUAAGGCCUUGGAUCAAUUGUUUUGUUUAUGCGAUGUUUGGUCCAUGUAAAACCCGGAUUUCGGUUUGGUUAAAUGUAGACCAUCUUGUUAGUUUCUUUUGCAUUUAUGAUAAUGUGUUAAAUAUUUCAAAAUUUUC